AUGUGAAAUGUGAGAUCAAAACAACACUUGUGCUCUCACUCCAAAUAUCAAGAGACACCAGGGGCUCCACCAGAGAGCAGACUGCCAAAAGAUACUCAACUCCACCUCAGUGCUGACAAAAGCAACACCUUGAGCGCUUUUAUGGAGGCUUUAGUUAGCACCCACUAACAGCAUGAGCCCCUCUAAGCACAAUUAAUUAACAGCACUUCCCGCCUUGUCUUUUCCUGGCUCCCAUAUAUAGGACAAGCCUGACACUGUCAUCCAUGUGUACUUGACUGAACUCUCAGUUGCUUAUGUCAGUCAGAUAUUAGUAUCCAUGCUAUAAGACUUGUAUCUUAGUUGAUGCUAAUUGAGCUUUGUCCUAGCAUCCAUCAAGCUCACUCUCACUCUCAUCCUCACUCAAGUCAACCCGGCCGACCUGCCCAUCUCUCGUGUGUACGUACUCACUGUGAGCAAUGGAAGAAUGCCUUGAUCAUCAUCAGCAGCAGCAGAAGAGCAGCAAUGGCCAGCUCCAGAGGCUGGAGGGCAUUGAGGAGGAAGGCGGACCGGCCCCGGCGGAGAAGUGGCCUCCGACGACGGUGCGGGCGCCGGAGACCCCGACGGAGACCAUGGAGUUCCUCGCAAGGUCCUGGAGCCUUUCGGCCGCGGAGAUAUCCAAGGCGCUCAAGGUGCUGAGCAGCAAGGGCGUCUGCGACAUCCCCGACGUGGGCGUCGUCGCGGGCGCAGGUAAGGAGCAGAGAUCGCCACCGCCGCCACUUGACGCGACGAUGGCGGCUGCUCAGGCAGGAGGAGGAGUGCCUAGCCCGCCGUUCUCUCCCAGGGCGGGCAACAUGGACGCGCAGCUCCUCCGGGCCGCCGCCGGCGCCGCCGUCGCCGGGAGGGCAGGGGGCAAGACGACGAUGGGCGCGUGGAUCAAGGAGCAGAAGGAGAAGAAGCGCGCCGAGGCCCGGUCCCGCAACGCGCAGGCCUACGCGGCGACGUCCGUGGCCGGGGUCGCGGCGGCGGUGGCCGCGCUGGUGGCCGGCGCUGUGUUUUCGCCCUCGCCUCCUCCCCCGCCCGCGGCCCGGAGGAGCGACAGCGGGGCGAAGACGGCGGCGGCCAUCGCUUCGGCGGCGGCGCUGGUGGCGUCGCACUGCGUGGAGAUGGCGCAGGCGAUGGGCGCGAGCCACGACCAGAUCCUGGGGUCCAUCCAGUCGGCCGUGAACGCGCAGGCGAGCGGCGACAUCAUGGCGCUGACCGCCGGCGCGGCGACGGCGCUGCGCGGGGCCGCCAUGCUGCGCGCCAGGCUCCACAAGGAGAUCCAGGCCACCGCCCUGCCCGGGGACGCCGGCAGGGCGUCGUCGGAGCGGGACAUCUCGCCGCUCAUCUUCGUGUCCAGAGGCGGCGAGCUGCUCAAGCGCACGAGGCAGGGUAUACUCCAUUGGAAGCUCGUCACGGCGUACAUAGACCCCAACUUCCAGGUGGUCAUCAAGAUGAAGAGCGCGCACAUGGCGGGAACGUUCAUCAAGACCAAGAAGUGUGUUGUGGUGGACGUCCGGUCGGAGGUGGCGGCGUGGGCGGGCAGGGAGAGGGAGGUGGAUGAGGGGGGCCGGCGGAGGGGCUACUUCGGGGUGAGGACGGAGGAGCGGGUGAUCGAGUUCGAGUGCCGGAGCAGGCAGGAGCAGCACAAGUGGGUGCAGGGCAUCACCGAGAUGCUCAACCGCCGCGACAACAUGAACCUCAACCUCAACACCACCCGCCUUGUAGAUUAAUAGUACUAGAUGAGUCAAAUGCCAUGGAAAUGCAGCACUCUUCUGGUUUCGUGUGAUGGAUUACAUCUGCAUGUAUAUAUUGGUAUACUUGUGAUGAUUCAGUAUGUAUUCUGCUUGUGUAGUUGUGUUCGAAAAAAUUCAGUA